GAACCCCAUUCUCCCAUCUCAUCAUUUCGAAACAUCACAUAGAGCGACAAGCGACGAAUCACCGAUCGCCACAUUCUACGAGAUCGUGCGAGCUGACGCCGUUAUGCACGACGAAUACAGUGCGCGAUCCUCGGAUCGCGGGAGGGACUACAACCGGAGGCCCCAGGACCAGAACUUCCAAGAGCGACAGGACGCCUACCGAUCGCGGCAGGGUAAUGCCACAGCCCGCGCCUCAGAAAGACACUGAAUACUCGAGAAGGACCAUCAUGGAUCAUUUGAGCUUGACGGCUAACUUCCCCACGGGACGUCGAGAUCAAUCUAGGUCUCCGCCCCGCCAAGCCUUUCCCGACGACUCAAGGGGCAGAGACUCGCGAUACCAGGGCGACGAGAUGCGCCACGAGAGGGACUACGACGGCCGCCGUGACCAAGGCGACGAGAGAUAUUCGAAAAGGGGCGGCACCUCGCGGGGUUCGAGACAUUAUGCCCAGGAUGAGCACGACUACGGUGGCAUGUACGACGAGGGAUACCAAGGCGAGGGUGAUUACGGUCGCGACCGCUAUGGUGACGAGAGCUAUCAGCGCGAACGCUCAAGAUAUCGAGACGGUGAUGACAGAGAAUCUCGAUCGCGUUCUGACAGCCGCCACAACCGGAGUGGCUCCCAUAGUCCGACACGGGAAGCUGGGAAGCCUAGCGAUACGGUCAUCCUCGAGGGCCUGCCAUUCAACGUGUCGUCGAGUGAGCUGCGCGAAAGCCUCCUAAGACACUCCGCCGCCGCCGAGUUUCCGUCCAUUGACGUCCGAGUCACCUCUUCUAGAGGGCAUUGUCGGGCGUUUGUUCAGUUUCAAGAAGUCGACCACGCUGUCAUCUUCAUGAAAGAGCAUUAUCCAAAGCUUUGUCUUGAGUUGGCGCACUCCACUGAUGACGUGCCAGACGGGAAGUUUGAGGCAUACAUACACUAUGCCCGCAACCGAGAGAGCCGAGAGGAUGUAGACCCCCGAGCGGCCGGUGGCAGUAACUGGAUCUGUCCGACAUGCGACUUCUCCAACUACUCGACGAGGAUCAAGUGCAAGAUUUGUGGUGGCCCUCAGGGUGUUCCAAACUGGCAACAAAACCUUACUGGCGUGACUGAUGCUGCCAACGUGCCAUCUCAGAUUCUUGUCGUUUACCCCCUGGCUCCCUUUGUCAACGAGGACAUGUUUAUAAACGACAUCAAGCGCCUAGAGGUGGAGAAAGUAGACAAUGUCAAGGACAAUUCCAACGGAGCGCCAAAACUCAAGUCAACCGCACCCACUGGCGACACAUCGAGAUACGGCGCCCGACCUGGCUCAUUGCAUCGUGUGUUUUUAAUGCGCGACACCAACUCGGACGAAUCUUUCAAGUAUGGGUUUGUCGAGUUUUGGACUCUGGAGGACGCUGCUGCUGCCGUGGCCAAGUUCCAAAAGUCACGAUCCUUCAUGGUUGCGGCAUGCCCAGUCACAGUCUCUACCAUUCACAUGGGUGUUUUCGUGCCGGAGGAGCGAGAGGUGACACCCGCUAUUGAACGCAUGUCCUUCAACCCCCUGUUCAACCCGAGCCUCCGUGUGCGAUAUCGGGAUCUUCACGUCUACCCCAGCCAACAAAUUGUGACACCACUCCCUCCCGGCGGUGAUGAUGCCGCAAAAUUAGCUACUGAUGAGACUGGCGAUGGUAAAAAGUCGAAGAAGCGGAAGGCUGAAGGAACGCCUGCUGGAGCUGCAACCAAGAAGCUCGUGCCUAUGGCUGGGCAGAUGGCUAUGUGGCAACGCAAGAGGGGUGAGCUCCGAGGCGAUGGCCGUGGUCCAAGUGACAGUGGAUCGCAGAAUGCUGGCGGAGAUGACCAGGACCGGGCACCUGUGCGAAUAUCACUCUCAGGAAACGGAUCCGCAACAGAUGCUAAGCCUCAAGGCCCUAUAAAGAUAUCGCUUUCUGGGGCCACGAAGUUGGGCGCCCCUCAAGACACCAUCGCGAGAAAGUCUUUGACUCCCGAACCAACCGCUGGGUCUGACACUAAGUCGCAAGCACAGUCCGACUCGAACACAACAGUCUCGUACGUCGACCGAGACCGGUUGAUGUGUCUGAUCUGCAUGCGCAAAUACAAAUCGGUAGACGAAGUCAAUAUCCACGAGAAGUCGCGGAACCACAAAAAUGCCACUGAGAACGAAGAGCAAGUCAAGGCAGCCUUGCCUAGGCUGGCGGCUCGCGACAAGAGACUCCAGAAGCAGACACCGGAGAACUCAGAGGCUGCAGCCACUGCUUCGCAGUACCGAGAUCGAGCCAAAGAACGGCGGCAGGUGUACAACCAACCCACCAAGCCCAAGCCUACACCUGGGCAGACGAACAAGCCCAAACAGCCCCCGAAGCAGGAAGAGAGCACUCAGCCGGCGAAGCCAGCGCAGUCCAAGGGAGCUGGCAUGCUGGCCAAGAUGGGGUGGUCCGCUGGUGCUGGUCUCGGCGCAAAUGGUGACGGUCGCACCGAGGCCAUCGCCACGAAUGCCUACCAAGAGGGUGUCGGCCUGGGCGCCGAGGGCGGCAACUUGGGAGAUGCGGCGCAGCUCGCGGAGCGCAAGACGAAGAACAGCUAUACCGACUACUUGAAUACUGUUCAAGACAAAGCUAGAGAGCGGUACAGCAAGAUGGGGUAGGUGGUUUGUCGGGUUAGUCGAUUAAGAGGUGAGCAGCUGGUUGCGCUCAUCUUUACCUGUACUUUUAUGUUACAUGGGGCUCGGAUGGCAUUUAUAGAAAGGGUUACACUCAUAGAAGGAGAACCAAGGAAGCAUGCAAGACUUGAGAGGGAGAGAACUUGAGACAAUGUUUCGCA